UGUUAGUAGUGAGGGUUGGUCUGGGAGCUGAGAUGCUGAAGUGCUUCAGUCCAACACUGAGCCUGUGCUGCCAGCAUCUCUCCCCCAAACCUCCAGCCUUUGCAUCUCUCUCCGUCCAUGGCUCAGAGUGGAAUCUACAGUACUUGGCAAACUUAGAGUUCCCCCCCCACAGUGCAGGAAACAAUCUGCAGACUUGCUGAAUUUUUAUGGAUCCGGCACAAGGGAUGAGACACCUACUUGUGUAAAGACUGCAGAUUUCUGGAGUUCUGCUUUCUAUUCACACUUGCAACGAGUCCCAGGAGCUUGCAAGAUGCUGCUUUCCAUUGUUUGCUAAUUGGCACCUUCUGUCCAGAUCAAUUAGGAGACUGGCAUCAUCUCAUUAAAGGGCUUGGAUCAGUAUAAUUUACCAAGCAUUCUUGAGAUGGCACCUUGCCCUUCAACUCACGGUUUCACAUAAAAUCCACCAAUGUCUAGUUAAGAAACAGCAAGUGGAUACAAAUUAUUGUGUGUUGACUUGGCAGAAGGUGGAGGAUGAGAACACAGCUGUGUUUACAAGACUAAUAUACAAUUGCAUGCAGUGAGGCAUAUUUUUCUGCAUCAAUAUAUAUAUAUAUAUAUACCCCAUGAACCCCAAGAGAAAGCCAGAAGUAUGUUCUAGAUCAGAAUUUUAGUGUAUAUCUACCUUGAAGAUACAUGUGAUAUGUGUGCAUCAGUAGUAGGCAUCCAGUCAUCCAAUCAGCUCCAGACACGGGAGGAGACAUUCUAAAGGCAGCUCCAGCAAUGACUCUCUGACAAAUACAAUACUAAAGGAUCAGAUGUGACAAAAGUCUGUCUUCAACAUGUACGGGAGCUACGCGUGGAUUUGUUCUCCUAGGCGAUGGCGGAAUGUGCCCAAAUAUACAAUCUUUAUUGCAAUUAUUUUCUUUUAUGCCACGGCUGACUCAGAAUGGAAGAAAGACAGACAAUUUAUCUGGAAAUCAGGACCUUGGGGCCGGUGUAUAGGAGACUGUGGGCCAAGUGGCCUUGAGAGUAGAUCAGUAUGGUGUGUGCAUGAAGAAGGCUGGAUCACUCACAAUACAAACUGUAAAGCAAAAGAUAAGCCUGAAAGCCAGAGGAACUGCUUCAAAAUAUGUGACUGGCACAGGGAUCUCUUUCAUUGGGAGGUAACACAAUGGCAAACAUGUGUUCUUGUGCCUUAUCCCCACCAGGAGAAAGGAAAGCAUUUGGAAUGCGUAACAGCCCAGCAUGGCUUACAGCACAGAAGGGUAGAUUGUGUCCAAAAGAUGAACAGGUCUAUUGUGCCUGGUGAAAUUUGUGAACAUUUUACUCCAAGGCCACCAAUGGAACAAGCCUGUCUUAUACCUUGCCCUCAGGACUGCAUGGUGUCUGAAUUUUCUCACUGGUCAACAUGCGUCAAUAGCUGUGUAAAACGUCUCCAACACAGAACACGAGCUGUUAUUUCUCCUCCCUUGUAUGGUGGAUCUGAAUGUCCAAAUCUUACAGAAUCAAGAACUUGUGAAUUUCAGAGUUUUUGCUCUUUUGGAAAUGAGGAGUAUACGUACAGCCUCAAAGUUGGUCCAUGGAGUAAAUGUCAAUUGCCCCAUUUCAAAGAGAUGAAUGUGAGCGGGAGGACAGUGCUGGAUUUCAGCUCUGACUCAGUGGAAAUAAACAGGUAUAAAAAGGAAGUGUACAAAGUUCAGCAGCAUAACAGUGCAUGGGAUAUAGAUAUUGGCUACCAGAAUAGGCAUGUUCGAUGUACACGGAGCGAUGGAAGGAAUGCACUUUUAAGCAUCUGCAAGCAGGACAGCAUGCCUUUACAUUUCCAGGCAUGCAUAAUUCCCAAUGACUGUGAGGUGACAGAAUGGUCUGCAUGGGGCCUUUGCUCAAAAACUUGCCGAUCCGGAGAUAUGGUACCUGGAUUCAGGAGUCGGAGCAGGAAGGUGAAGCACAUAGCCAUCGGGGGAGGAAGACCAUGUCCUGAGCUUGAGGAAAUAGAAGCAUGUAUCAUGGGAAGAGAGCACCUUCCCCUGUGCCCUGGGAUUGCUUGGAAGACCUCAGAGUGGAUGGCAUGUCAACUGUCCGCUGACCAUCAAGACUCUCAGAUAAGCUCCAAAAAGGCUGCUUGUGGAGGAGGAACCCAAACCCGCAAGGUGUUCUGUGUCCAAUAUUUUACAGAAUCUGGAACAGAAACACUCAAAGAAGUCUACAGACCUGUGGAUGAGAGGUUUUGUGUGGGACCUAUGCCCCCUGUGUCUCAGUUGUGCAAUAUUCUAUGUUCCACUGACUGCCUGCUCACUCCAUGGUCUGCAUGGGGGCCCUGUACUCAUGAAAACUGUCUGGAUCCUCAGGGAAGAAAAGGAUUUAAAUCAAGAAAAAGGAACAUUAUAGUUGAACCAAUGGGACCUGAAGGAAACUGUUCUCAUUUAGUGGAGUCAAUCCCAUGUGAUGAUCCCAUGUGCUACAACUGGGUGAUUUCUGGAGAACUGCAUUGUGUGCCAGAAAACUUAGAAUGUGGUCAUGGAAAAUACCAGCUGAACACCUCAUGUGAGAAUCAAGAUGGAAAAAUGGUCUCAGAUGAGCUCUGUGUGGAUAACCCCCCUGUCCAACUGGUCUGUAAAGUGCCUUGUAGCCAAGAUUGUGUAAUUAGUGAGUGGUCAGACUGGUCUCCGUGUUCUCAUUCCUGCUCUGCUAAGAACACAGAAGGGAAACAAAGCAGGAUCCGGUCCAUUCUUGCAAAUCCCGGGGAAGGUGGAAAACCUUGUCCUCCUAGCCAGGCAUUAUAUGAAUAUCGCUUGUGUAAUGACCAUCCCUGCUCAACAUUUUACUGGGAGGUCACCCCUUGGGGUACCUGUACUGCAGACCCAUUAAUAACAACAUUAAAUACCUCUACAGUAAGCUGGAAAGGGGACAGCGCAAAUCGAGUGGGGAUACAGUCCCGGAAAGUCUUCUGUGUCAAGAGCAAUGUUGGUUUUAUCACCAGCAACAGGUGCCCUGAGGCUACAAAACCUGAAACAAUCCGUCCUUGUCUCCUCCCAUGCAAAAAAGACUGUAUUGUCACCCUUUUUAGUGAAUGGACCCCUUGCCCAACAUCAUGCCUGCCUGGCAAUGCCACCUCUGUGAAGCAGUCCCGCUACAGAACAGUAAUCCAAGAUGCUGAGUAUGGAGGGCAGGAAUGCCCAGAUACCCUGUAUGAGGAGAGAGAGUGUGAGGAUAUUCCCAUAUGCCUCAACUACAGGUGGAAAACAAACCAAUGGAGUCCAUGUGUGCUGGUUCCGGACUCUGUGAGGCAGGGAACUGUAGGAGGCAGCGAGGCAUGUGGCACAGGUCUACAGUCCACAGAAGUAACAUGUAUCACUGACGAUGGCCGUGCCAUGGAUAUGACUUCAUGUUUGAAAUGGGCAGGGCCAGUGCCUCAUUUGGUACAAGAGUGCCACAUACCUUGCAAAGAUGACUGCACUUUCACCCCGUGGUCUAAAUUUACUCCUUGUUCUUCUGACUGUACCUUAUCACGAACGAGGAAGCGAUCACUCACAGGAAGGAGCAAGAAGCGGGACAAAUGUCAAGACGCUGAGGUUUAUCUGCUGUUUGAAUCAGAGAUGUGUCCCUGCGAAACGUUUCAGUCUCAUCCAUAUGGAAACUGGUCAGACUGCAUCAUACCGAAAGCAGAAAGAGAGCAGCCAUUAGGAAUGAGUAAGGCAGGAGCUGUCAGGCAGUGCGGCGAAGGAUUGCGCUUCAAAGCUAAUGCUUGUUAUGAUUCAGGUGGCAGGAUAGUGGACACAACUCUCUGUGACAGUUCCGGUUACAUAGAGGAGAGCUGUGUAAUUGCAUGUCCAUUUGAUUGCAAGCUAAGUGACUGGUCAGCCUGGUCUCCUUGUAGCUCCUCAUGUGGAACAGGAGUUAAAAUAAGGUCAAAAUGGUUGAAAGAAAAACCCUACAAUGGGGGCCGCCCUUGCCCCAAACUGGAUAUUAAGAAUCAGGCUCAGGUGUAUGAGGCAGUGCCAUGCUAUAAUGAGUGCAGUCAGUAUUCCUGGGUGGCAGAGCCAUGGUCUGCCUGCAAGCUCAACACUGAGGAGAGAUCUGCUGCCUGCGGGCAUGGAAUACAAAUCAGGAAAGUGAGAUGUGUUAAUGUGAGUAGUGAGGGACAAAAUGCUCCUGUAAAUGAUACCUACUGUCAUGGUUCUCAGACAGCCCCAACAAUCCAAGAAUGUUCUCUGCCUUGUCCCGGAGAGUGUGUCAUGUCAAACUGGGGACACUGGACUGAAUGCACCAAGUGUGACAUCAGCAAUAUGAGGGUGAGGAGUCGAUUCCCACUGAGGAUCCCUAUUAAUGGCCAUAAGUGCCCGGAAGUUACACAAAAAGAACCUUGUAGACUCAACAGCAACUGUUUCCACUAUCACUAUAAUAUAACAGAGUGGAGCACAUGUCAGCUAAGUGGAGAUGCGGUUUGCGGUGAAGGUCUGAAAACCCGACUGUUAGAUUGUAUCCGCAGCAAUGGGAAAUCAGUACAAACGUCCCUUUGUGAGCAGGUGAAUUUGGAGAAGCCCUCCCCCAUGAGUAUCCGCUGCCUGGUGGAAUGUGCCAUUGACUGCCAGCUCUCUGAAUGGUCAGACUGGUCUCACUGCUCACAAACAUGUGGCAUUGGCGGAAAAAUGGUUCGCUCCCGACGCAUCCUAUUACAGGCACAAGGGGAAGGAAGACCAUGUCCAAAGCAGCUCAGCCAGUACAAAUACUGCCUCAUUCACCCUUGUUACGCAUGGAACUUUGAUGAAUGGUCCAAAUGCAAGAUAGAGAGCGGUCAGUGUGGGGAAGGACUGAGGUUCCGUAAUGUUACCUGCAUGGUCCAUGAUGCAUCAGAGUCUGGUGUCAGUAAACAAGUGAAUGCUGUGCUCUGUGGUGCCUUGCCUUCAGGAGAGAAUCAAAUGGUAGCCCCCUGUUAUGUGCCAUGUCCAGGAGACUGUCACCUGACAGAGUGGUCACAAUGGAGUGCCUGCGAGCUCAUCUGCAUUGAUGGGAGGGGCUUUGAAUCAGUUGGACGUCAAUCAAGAUCGAGAACAUUCAUAAUUCAGUCAUUGGAAAACCAAGAAAGCUGUCCAGAACAGGUCAUAGAGACACGCCCAUGCAAAGGUGGGAAAUGCUACACUUGUGCUUGGAAAACCAGUGCCUGGAGGGACAACAGGAGAAGCGUUUGGUGUCAGCGGUCUGAUGGCCUCAACGUCACAGGGGGUUGUUCUAUAGCAUCACAGCCUGCAGCCGUCCGGCACUGCGACCCACCGUGCAGAAAACCAUUUUCCAUAUGUAAGCAGAACAGCCUCUGUGGCUGUGAGCAGGGAUACACAGAGAUAAUGAGAUCUAACGGCCUCCUUGACUACUGCCUGAGAGUGCCGGGCAUGGAGGGCAAGAAAGCCGAUGUCAAAUCGUAUGUGGCAAAAAACAAACCUCUGAAUUCCCAAAUCCAAGAGAUAUUUAGUGGCUGGUCUAUUGAGCCCUUUGAUCCAGAUGGAAGAGUGAGGCUCUGGGUAUACGGUGUUUCAGCUGGCAGCUUCCUAGUCAUCAUAUUGAUCAUCCUUAUUUCCUAUUUAAUUUGUAAAAAGCCAAAGGAACAGAUAAGUCUCUUCCCUCAGCAGAAGCCUUUAUCCUUCACAUACGACAGAGAUUAUGACAUGUAACUCUUUGAAAGGGAGAAAUAAAAUGCAGAUAUCGAAUGCCUUAACUGCCUCUCAUUUGUAACAGUGACUGAUCAAAAACAAUGUUAUUUUCUAUGGAUAUAAGAACAUAGGCGGAGGAGCUAAUAUACAUCAUCUAAAUUUUGCCUUUAAAAAAGUCACUGGACUUAGAUCUUUGUAUAUACUUAAUGUUUUUCUGUUUUUAAUGUUUCCCUAUGACAGAGGUGACUAUCUUACAACAAAUGUUGUCAAAGACAUUUCCCAGAGAAUUCCAUGCAGGUAUCUGCUACACAAAGACAUUAUGCAAUCGGUCAUAAAUGCAUUAUUUUUGUACUUUUUCAGCACCUAUUUCAUAGGCCCGAGCCCUACGGCGUCUGCCUGGCACGUGUCCAGAUUCUUAGCAAUGGAUUGCACUGUUCCUUUUAUUACCAUGAGACAAAGGUUUGAAAAAUGUGUCUGGAUUUCAAUUUAGUUUGAUAUUAAUAUUGGGAAUAAUCUGCUCCAAGCGACUACUUGUAAAUAGACUUUAGAUUUCCAGGUGUUACUGCAUUUUCUUUUCUUUGGAUAAUGGUUUUUGUACAUGAAAUCUACUUGUUAUAUUUAUAAUCCUAGCCCUUUUUUAUUCAGUUCCCAAAUAUUCUGCAAAUUCCAGAUUUGUACAUCAUAUGGACAGUUGUCCAUAUGAUGGCCUUCUCAGUCAUGUGUAAAAUUACACCCCCAUGAAUACCGAAUGUUUUUUUUGAACAAAGUUGGAUCUUCUACACUCUUUCCACCAGAGGUCACCUUCUCCCAGUGGUUUGAGUGCCCCAGUAACAUGCACUUGACCCUUUUUCCCACUGCUUCCCUCAGAAGUAAUGUAUGUUCAGCAUCUGGCUUCAUUUCAAGAAACACCAACAACGGCAAAUGUUAAAAGUGAACAAACCUUCAUCUUUCCAGCUUUAGUCUUCUCAUGUAAGACCCAUUUCCUUCAAGAGAUUGCUUUUGGAUGUAAGAGAUUCCAGACUUCAGUGUUGUCCAUAACUUCCAACCAAGGGGACCUUUUUAUUAUUUUUAUUGGAUCUACACUCUUUCCACCAGAUGUAACCUUUUCGCAGGGGUUUAAAUGCUCCAGGCACAUUCACCCAGAAUUCUUCCCUUAAAAGUCACUUAAAGAAUAUUUAGCAUCUGGCUUCACUUUUAGAAACACCAUUAUCACCCGACAGUCAGAAUUCCUACAUUUUUAUCAGCUAUUGUCUUCUUAUGUUGAGCCCAUCUCACUAAAAGGAGAUGUAAGUUUGUGGGGGAUUCCAUAUCACAAUGUCACGAAGAAUUUAUAAAAACAGUUACCUCCUAAAGAUUUGCUCUUCAGUUAAGUAUUCUCAGCAUGUGACUUCACUUCAAGAAACACCACUGGCGCUCAAGUUUUAAUGGCAAGAAUCCUUGAGGGUCACCAAUUCCCUUCCGAUGUUGAACUUUAGGAUAUAUGGGAUUCCAGAUCUUCCAAGCACAGCGAGCCUUGCCACAUAGGACUUACAGUCGAUGUGUGACUCCUGGGGCAAAUAUCCAGUGCCACAAUUGUAUAUGGCACAAACCACCCUUAGACUUCAGAAAGUAGCCGAUGAUGCAGUGCUCCUUAACAAAAAUGGAAUGUAGUUCAUGUUUUAUAUGGGACCAGAGAAAAACACAGUUUGUAUGAAUUAGAAACUAUUGUUAAUUUAAAUUACAUCUAUAGGGGGCCUUCCUGGGCAACUUCCCAAUGUUUUCUUUCUUAAACUGCCCUUGUUGUAAGGAGAUCCAGGGGUCUUUAAUGCUGGAGCAGCUGGAGAGCCACAAGCUGCAGAUAAGCCUUUAACAGGUUCAGAAGAAGCAAGAAAUCUGAAAAAAUGUGUUUGCCUAAACCAUAUACUUCUAACCAUAAAAUGUGUUUUUCUUUUUAAAGAACAGAGUUGUGCUCUCAUUUUUGUUUAAUGUAAUAAAGGAGAGUUAUUCU